AUGGAGAAUGCACCUGUUGGCACGAUCUCCGAAAUGAUCAGACAUAUUCGAUUUGGGCAGAAGAAAGUGAUGCAAGAGGGAAAAGAACCAAACGAGAAGGGAACAAAACCGCCGUGUAUGAUUGGCUCCGAUUCAAUUCCCACCGGUGCAGUUAUCGGCUCGGCGAGCAGCGGUAUUGGUGGCGCACUUCUCGUGAAUCGUCGACGUCAGGAAGGCAAUCCGGUGCUCAAAUACGUCCGAAAUGUGCGAUACGAAUGGGGAGAUAUCGCGCCAGAUUUCGAGUGCGGCUCGACAUUCGCCGUCGUUUAUCUGAGUUUUAAGUAUCACAAAAUGCAUCCGAAUUAUGUGUACACCCGACUGAGCGCUCGCGGCGAGAACAAUUACAAGCACAAGGUGCUUCUCGCGUAUUGUAAUGUCGAAGAACCGAGACAUGUGCAACGCGAAUUGAAUAUGAUGUGCUACCGACAAGGAUGGACACUCGUCAUCUGCUAUUCGGUCGAAGAAGCUGCCGAGUAUAUUGAGAAUUUCAAGCUGUCACAGUCAAAAGAUGUCACAUUCAAAAAACCGGGAGCCGAAAAUGAUGGGAACGAGCGAGCCCAAUUGCAUGAGAUUGCCGUUGGAAUACUCACUGCUGCUCGUGGAAUCACUAAAACGGACGCACAAAGAUUAUUGUUCAACUUUGGAACAUUGGAGAAUAUCGGCAAAGCUGACGAAGCAAAACUUGCUCUUAGUCCGGGUCUUGGGCCGAUCAAAGCCAAAAACCUCUACUCAUUUCUUCACACACCCUUUGCCACUUGA